AUGGGGGACAGCAACAAGCCUAUCCACUUUGAGUUUCCCAAAAUCUUCGUGAUGUUGGUAAGAACCGUUGCUCAAACAAUUGAAUCGGAAUCUGGUUUCCUACAGCCGGCUUUGGACAUCAUUGCUACCAUACCGACAGAUACCCAAUCUAGAAAAAUUCCCAUUAGUUUGGUUGUGGGCUGCAAACAAGAAGACUCUUUGAAAUCAGCUUCGUCCUUGGCCUGUUAUUACUACGCCAUCCCCUUAGCUAAAAGCAGACAUCCAAAUCUCAAAUCAGGUAAGGAUAGUGUUGUGGGGAUACCGCUAUUGGAUACUAAUGAUGACAGAGUUCGUGAUAUGACCCGGCGGUUGGCGACAAUAAUAUCCGAGAAGUUCAAUAGACCAUGUUAUGUAACGUGGUCAUCAUCACCUAACGAAGAUUCAUCUGUGCUGGUCACCAGCCAUCUAUAUAUUUUAAAGAAGUGUCUCAAUCUCCUAAAAGCAGAGCUCGGGUAA